UUCUGGGGGAGCAGUUUUCAGCCCGUGCCAUUUAGUUGUGCCCAGCCAUAUUUAGGCUCUUCCAGGCAGUGUAGUUGUGUUUGUUAGAUGAGGUGUGGAGGUUAGAGGAAAUGUGGUCCUUUUUUGCCAGGGAUCCUGUCAAAGACUUUUCUUAUGAAAUUCUCCCCGACAGCCCAGAAAAGAGUGGAAUAUGGACUCUUCAUCGGGGGAAAAGAAAGACCACCGGAGAGCCAGUGUCCGUGUUCGUGUACGAGAUGGCUCAGGGGACGGAGCAGCAGACGCAGCUGGCCAAGGCUGCUUUCAAGAGGAUGAAGACCCUCCGCCACCCCAACAUCCUGGCCUAUGUGGAUGGGCUGGAGACGGAUAAGAGCCUUUACCUGGUAACUGAGCAGGUGACGCCUCUGGCAGUCCACCUGAAGGCACAGGCGGACAAGGGCGGUGCUGGGGAACUGGAGGUGUCGUGGGGACUGCACCAGAUAGUGAAAGCUGUCAGCUUUCUGGUCAACGACUGCCACCUGCUUCACAACAACUUGGGCAUGUGGGCUGUGUUUGUGGACCGCGCCGGGGAGUGGAAGCUGGGCGCCCUCGAUCAUGUGGCCCCCGAGCAGGGUGAUCCCAGCGGGGUCUCUCUACCCACCCCGAAAGCUGUUUACCCCGACAUGGAGAAAUAUGACCCACCAGAGAUCCCCAACAGCAGUGGAGAGAAAUGGGCAGGGGAGGUGUGGCGUCUAGGCUGCCUCAUCUGGGAGGUGUUCAAUGGGCCGCUACCUCGCACCUCCUCCCUCCGCUCACUGGGAAAGAUUCCCAAGUUACUGGUCCCCCACUACUGUGAGCUGGUUGGGGCCAAUCCACGGGCUCGGCCGAACCCAGCCCGCUUUCUCCAAAAAUGCAGAGAACCUGGAGGAUUCCUCAGCAACAGCUUCGUGGAGAGCAACCUUUUCCUUGAAGAGAUCCAGAUCAAGGAGCCAGCUGAGAAGCAGCAGUUCUUCCAGGAUCUGAGUGACAACCUGGAUUCAUUCCCUGAAGACUUCUGCAAACACAAGGUCCUUCCUCAGCUGCUCACUGCUUUUGAGUUUGGCAACGCAGGCGCCGUCGUCCUCACACCGCUCUUCAAGGUGGGGAAGUUCCUGUCUGCAGAAGAAUACCAACAGAAGAUCAUUCCUGUGAUCGUGAAGAUGUUUUCCUCCACUGACCGAGCGAUGAGGAUCCGACUUCUGCAGCAGAUGGAGCAGUUCAUUCAGUAUCUCAACGAGGCAGCAGUGAACUCCCAGAUUUUCCCACACGUGGUUCACGGCUUCACUGACACCAACCCCGCCAUCAGAGAGCAGACCGUUAAGUCUAUGCUGCUGUUGGCUCCAAAGCUGAAUGAGACUAACCUGAACCAGGAGCUGAUGCGUCACUUCGCCCGGCUGCAAGCCAGAGACGAGCAAGGCCCCAUCCGCUGCAACACCACCGUGUGUCUUGGAAAAAUUGCCUCGUACCUCAACGCCGGGACCCGACAGCGCGUUCUGAUUUCAGCCUUCUCUCGAGCCACCAAAGACCCGUUCCCCGCCUCCCGCUCCGCCGGCGUGCUGGGCUUCGCCGCCACUCACAACUACUACAGCGUCACAGAGAUCGCCGCCCGAAUCCUGCCCACUCUCUGUGCCGUGACCGUGGACCCCGAUAAGAGCGUCAGGGAUCAGGCAUUCAAAGCCAUCAAGAGUUUCCUUUCGAAGCUGGAGGCCGUUUCAGAAGAUCCAACCAAGCUGACUGAGAUCGAGAAGGAUGUCGGGGCAUGUGCUCAGCCCGCUGGUGCCUCCUCCAGCUGGGCCGGCUGGGCCGUGUCCUCUCUAACUUCUAAGCUGAUCCGCAACGCUCCGGGGAAAGAGGGGGGCGCAGCCGCUGAGGACGGCGGGCCUGCCAGCGCCAGCUGUCCCACCACUUCUACUGACGGAGCACCUGCAACGGGUUCAGAAGAUCAAACUCCUCAAAGCUCUCUGACUCCCCACGCGGCCUCUCGCCGUGCCGAGCAGCCCCACGCCGCUCAGGUCCCAGACAACGAUGCUGAGCCUGCAGGGGACCACUGGGAUGAUGAGGAGGACUGGGGAAGUUUGGAGGAUCCGGAAAAGUCUCACACCGAUGACUGGAACUCUGACUGGUCUGGGAUGGCAUCAUCCAAAAAGAAGGCCGGGGACAAAGGAGUGGGCCGGUCGUCCACUUCCGUGGCGGUGAAAAAGCAGAGCGCCGACUGGAGCAGCUCGGGCUGGGACGCCGACGACAGCUGGUCUAAUGAAAAGGAGGGCCAGGGCCAGAGCUCGGCCGGAGAGGAGGGCUGGGGAAACGACUGGGGGGAGGAGGACACGGACGGCGCCCCGGCCGGGGGCGCGGCGCUGCCCCUGCCCGAGGGGGUGCGCUUAGCCAGCGAGUACAACUGGGACAGCGGCAGCUCGGGGAAAGGGCCGUCCCAGAACGACCUGUUCGCCAGCGUGUCCCAGAGGAACUCGGCGGCCGCCACGGCCGGAGAUGGCUGGGGUCCAGAGGCAACAGGAGAAUGGGGAGCUGAGGAGACCUGGGAAUCUGUAGAUGGAAACCAGGGUCUGAGCAAGGCAGAGCUGUCCAAAAAGAAACGGGAGGAGAGGAGGAAAGAGCUGGAGGCCAAACGAGCUGAGCGGAAAGCUGUCAAAGGCCCUCUGAAACUAGGAGCGCGGAAGCUGGACUGAUUCAGGUGGAGCCGGGGAGAGGAGGAGCGUGGACCAUAAUGAGCGGAGCACAGGGGUGGAUGGAGAGUCCGCAUUCCAAAAAGAAAGAGAGCGGACAGGCGGGGGCAGCAGAGGAGAAAACUGAACAGUCUGUCACAGGAGGCAGAGUGGAUGAGCACAGAUAUCUGUGGGUCAAUAGGUGACUCCUGGGUUUGGGUGUCCUCAGAGAGCUGAUAAAGAUGAAGGCACAGACAGAGAGGCGACCAAAAAUCCAGAGACUUGAAGCGGCGCCUUUAGUUUUGACUUUUCUUUUUAAAUUCGCGUACAGCUACUUUUGUACAUACAUGUAUAUAACAGGUGCAUCUUGUCUUAAAGAAAUCACUUUUUUUUUUUUUUAAGAAAAAGAGAAAUAUAUAUAUGUAUAAUGAUAAGAAACUCUGAAUCGGACACACAUUACUAUGCUGAAUGUUUUUCAUGACAAACUGUACAAAUACACAGUGGCUGAGACUGUUUUUAGUUCUACCGUCAGAUUUGCGGCUUCAGAUCAGACCGUGCAUGCGCCUGUGGUUUUUUUUUGCCACCCAGCAAAAGGCAUCAUAACAGUAGUGUGUUUACUUUGCACAAGUGACGCAGGCUUUACUGAAACGACCACCCGAAGUGGUCCUGGUUGCACAAUUGCAAAUGAAAAUGUUAAAGUAAAGAUUGGAGUCUGACUUUUGGGGAAAUGGGGACAUUUACAUGAAUUUGUCUGUGUCCUGUAAGGUUUGGUUCUGUGGUGGAGGAUGUCUGAAUUUUGAAGCCUGUUGGGGGCUCAUUGUGUGUGUCUGUGUAACUCUGCAGGGGUCACUUAAAGCAGCAUGAGAGGAAACUAAAACUUAUCAGUCAAUGAUUUUAAUAAACACUUAGAAUGGUGUGGGUAAAUGGGAAGCCUCUUAUACUCUUUUAUUUGUGCCUUUAUUUUGUUACAGAUCUGUUCUGUCUUAUAAAACCCAAUAACUUUAAAUUUUUAAAACUGGAACUGACUCAAAUGCUGACUUUUUUUUUUUUAAUCAAAGCUUUCUCUGCAACACUGUGUUGCUUGUGAAACACUGAUGUUACUAGUUGUACAAAAUGCCUUAAUGAUGAGCUAGCUGACAUCAUUAAAGCCAUCCCCUCCUCAGUUCAGGUACUGGUUUUCAUGGAAACAUACAAGUCGAUGCUGUGUUAGUCUGAAUGUUUCACAGAGUAUUCAAAUCAUGUAGCAUGUGAACUAUUCUCAAAUAAAAAACAAACAAAUAUGUUUCCCCUUAUUUUUUAAACAGGCUAUCACUUAAAACCAGAGUCUCCCUUUUCCAGUUUCUCACAUUUCUUUCAAUUCACAAAUACAAAUUGAAACAACAAACGGAUGAUUUUUGUUUUUAUUAAACCUAAAUUAAAAUAGAUUUAUAUAACAUGUUACAUGAUAACAGGCUGGUUAAUCUCUGUUAGAAGUUUUUGAUGGCAUUAAGCCACAUAUCCUUUACUCUGUAAAUACAUUUGCUCUAGAUAAUUGCUUACAUAGAUCAGAGUUGAACAGAUAGUCUAAGUAUCUUUAACCCUGUGGAGCAGCUCAUCUCUUCAACUGAAACACACAACUGGACAAUCAAAGUCAACCAGACACAGAAGACCUCUUAUCACACAACCUCAGAAAGUCAGACUACAAUCUAGCUUCAUGCAAUUUGUAGCUGUUUUUUACACAAAACAGUUCAAACUUACAGUCAGAGGAAGUUGUGCCACUGCUUUCAUCACGUAAAAAUAUUAAAAGAAACAAUGUUAGUUUUAUGGCUUGUUGAGUUUUGGCAAAUAGAGAAUCCUAUUUUGACUUCAAAGUUGCUUAUACUAAAUCGAUAUUAAAUUAUUUCUUAAUAAAGUUAGAAACUACCGGGAUAGGCCCCAGCUGCCACCCUGAAAUACCGGGUAUAGAAUUUGAAUGCACUGGUUACAAACUAACAUUUUUUUUACUGAACGUUACGUCUUUGUUAAUUCCAAAAAAAUAGGAAAGAUUCCUUCUCACUAACACAUAUUCAGACCCAUAAAUAUGAACCCACUUUGAUAGAAAAGCAUCCUUAUUUAAAUCAACUUGGCACCUUUAUUUACCCAAAAUACUAUUAAGUGCUUUUUGUUGAAAUUCUAAAAUCCUGAAUGUAGAUAAACCCAAACC